UUUGCAUUAGCCACAGCGCUUAAGGGGUUAAGCUCUAGCUAACAGCAACAAGCAGCAGCCGAGUCGCCAGUCUGGAGCUGUCGCCAAACGCAAACUCAAUAUCCAGGGCUAAAAUGGCCUCUUUAGGAGAACCUGUGCGUCUGGAAAGAGACAUUUCUCGUGCCAUCGAGCUGCUGGACAAACUCCAGAAAACAGGGGAAGUACCUCCCCAGAAGCUGCAGGCACUGCAGAGGGUUUUGCAGAGCGAGUUCUGCAAUGCUGUGCGGGAGGUGUAUGAGCAUGUGUAUGAGACCGUGGACAUAAAUAGCAGCCCAGAGGUGAGAGCGAAUGCAACAGCAAAGGCUACAGUGGCUGCAUUUGCAGCCAGUGAGGGUCAUUCUCAUCCACGUGUGGUAGAGCUCCCUAAAACGGAGGAAGGACUGGGGUUCAACAUCAUGGGUGGGAAGGAACAAAACUCACCCAUCUACAUCUCCCGCAUUAUUCCUGGAGGCAUCGCUGAUCGGCACGGCGGCCUGAAGAGAGGAGAUCAGAUGCUGUCUGUUAAUGGAGUGAGUGUAGAAGGAGAGCACCAUGAGAAGGCUGUGGAGCUGUUGAAGGCAGCUCAGGGUACAGUGAAGCUGGUGGUACGGUACACCCCUAAGGUUCUCGAAGAGAUGGAGUCGCGCUUUGAGAAGUUGAGGUCUGCUAAACGCCGGCAACAGAACAACUACCCCCAGUAGGGUGUCUCGCCUGAGCCCUUCACCCCUCCCAUCUCUCCUUCCCUCUCUCACUUUCUCUGCCAUUGUCUUUAAUUCUUCUGCCAUCUGUCUUCCUCGUUCACAUUCACUCACCCCCUUUCUCCAGCCAGGGAUUAGCCACAUGUUUGGCACUCCUUUUUGUGAAAAUUUUCUAAAUCCUCACCUCCUCAACAGUUUUUUAACAGUCUUUUCACACACUUAUUCUCAUAGCAUGAACACUACUACAUUGGCGCAGGAUGUUGUCACGUACACACCACACACACAUGCACUAUUGGUGCAUUAUUAAGAAUGUACUGUCAUUUGGGAUGUUGAUUUAGUUAGAUAUGCAAGGGGACCAUUGCAAUGUUCAACUCCUGAGGUCAUCUGAAUGAAAAUGUCAAAAAAGUGCCUCGAGAUUUACAAAAAAAAAAAGUCGGCAGCCCCCACUACAUCCCAUCGUAGGCUGUGUUUUACGGUCCAAGCACAAAAUGAGAGAACACUACCACACCAUGUUAAAAUGCAAAAUGACUGUAAGAUUCAUUGUGUAUCAUUGCAUGAAAGGUUUGUGAUAUUUGUUUGUUUGUUUACUGUUUGCCCACAGAAAGUCAAAGUUCACCAGAAUUGUUAAAAUCUAAUUUUGAGUCUCCAGAGAGAUAAAUGGCAGAGCGGUGACACAAGCAUCCCAUCAGUCCUGCUGUUUCAAACACAAAAUGUCAGCUGUAAAUAUACUCUCAUACACAAUGUCGCUGACUGACCCAAACUGAUUGACUCUUCACAUCAUGUUUACAUUAUAAACUGACACUAUUUUUUGUUUUAUGAAUGUGUGCACAGAGAAAAAUGCUGUGAAAAUGUCAUUAGCACUGUUGAGUUCAGUAUCAACAAGAAUAUGAAACUAUUUGGGUUUGUUUAGUGUUUUAGAGAGACAAAACAUGUUACAUCUGCUCCCGAUUACUAAAUUGAAACUGUCUGCAUUUGAAUGAAUAUGUGAAUGUUUAUGAAUUGUUCAGUCAAACAGCAGUUCAGAGGAGAUGCUUGUAGCACCGUUUUAGUGUUCGAUAAAUAUAAAUUGAAGGAAAAUACAACCUUUUUGUAGCAGAUGCCCCUUAAAGCACAGACAACCACAAAGAAGCAGUCACUAGCUCUUAUUCAGGCUUGUUCCUCUUUUUUUUUUUUUUGUAGAAUUUAAGGUUUUAUAAUUGAAAUCCUCACAGCAGAAACACUCAUUUAAAAGUGUAGUGGGAAUUUUGUUUUAUCUUCUGUUGUUUCAGAAUGCUUUCUGAAUGUUAAUGUGGCACUUGCCUUUCAGACAGCUGUGAGUCCAUAUGUUACACCCAGUUCACGCUGAUCAUUACAAAGAUCUGCAUCAUGAUUCAGAAUCAGUUUGCUUAAAUGGUUAUAUUUGCAUAUCAUGAGGUAGCAACCGAGCAUAAUGUUAGCAAAACAGCAAUGAAUGCAUAAAAACGAAUGUUAUAAAACUCCGACCUUAUUCACUAUUCAUUAUACGAGACCUGUCUUAAUGAAGCUUAAGUUAAAUUUUUAUUAAUUGGUGCUGUCAUUCUCUUUCAUUUAUUUUGUCUUUUUUUUUUUUUUUUUUUGGAACAAUCAUUGUUCUGGAAAUUCAGUAAUUUUACAUAUCAAUGUCUACAGGGCGAAAGAUGCAGAUCUGGAGCUGACAUUUUAUCAGGUCUUCUCCAGAUUAUAUAGUGGCUAAAAAUGCAGUCUCGUUACUAAAGAUUCAUCUCUACUUGUUCAUGUUACAGCCAAAUUUUAAGGAUUUAAUUGACAUGUUUUUUUUUUUAAUCCAGUUUUGUCAAGAUUCAUAUUAUAAAAGUAGUUUAACACUGCACUUUCUCUUUGUACUAAUUUUCACAUGUUAAAAAAUGCAACAAGCUUGAUGUAUUUUUACCCUCAAAUGCAGGUAUUUUCAGUGUCUGACAAGCUUGGGGGAGGGGGCAGUCUAUUUUUCCCAGUCUCUCAUAAAAUAUUUAACGUGUCUAAUUAUAGAGGCCCAUGACUCACCCCGAGCUGUGAGAUACGUAGGUGUUUUGGGGGUGAGAGAUAAAAGGGAGGUCUGAUGUCUUGCAUGAAGGAAUCAUUCGUGUUAUUGACACACACAAAAAAGAAGAAUCAAGAGAUGUCUUUUCUUUCUGUGGUGUAUACAGUGCUCAGGUUGGCUCUUUCAACAAUAUCAUACAUUUUAAAGCAUCAUGUAUCACAAGCAAUAAUGAGACAUGAUCCAUUUCCUGUCAUCAUCAUCAUCAUCGUCUCAAACAGGUUACUCACUCCCCACUCAUACUUGGAUGUGUCCACAGGGGGGCUGAUUAGCUAUUUUUAUAACCGUUUUCUUUUGAUAUUUUACCUUUUUGAUAAAGUGAUUUUUCUCCCAAGAUUUUAUUCCAGGAAUGCUUUGUAUUGAUUUACCUUGACCAUAUUCUCCCUGUGAUUCAGGUAACAAGACCAAACUUGCAUCCAUUCUGGGAGCUCUUUCCGUGUCUGGUCAGCUAGUCUGGACUGUUUUUAAGAAACUGUUUUAUUAUUUGACAUUUCUGUCCUGCUGCAAUGUUACAUUAAUGUGGAUGUAUAAAUACUGAUCAAAGUGAUUUGUUUUGAGGAUACAGAGUUUAAAUAUACGGGGUUUAAAAUC